GCAGGUGAACAACAGCGCUGAGUAUGACAGAGUCUCUCCCCGUUACCCGGAUGCCGAUCGUCACCUGACGUCCUUCUACUCCAAGAGCCAGAGUUUCCUGAAGAUCCGCUCGCUGGGAGGGGUGCUGCCCUGCGACCAGGCCCAGCAGCUCCAGGUGGAUUACGUCAUUGCUAAGGAGGCCCUGGGGAAGGGGUCCAGGAGCCUGGAUUUCAUCUUCCUGGUCGUGGCCAAGGGAGCCAUCGCCAGGAUCCUUCACAAGGGGCUGGACCUCAGGGAGGGGGCUGGGCUGACAGGCUCCUUCUCCGUGGAGCUGCCCAUCGGCGCUGACCUGGCGCCCGCUGCCACGGUGCUGGGUUACACGGUGCUGCCCGAUGGCGAGAUGGCUGCCGACCGUGCCCGGCUGCACACGGCCAAGUGCCUCCCGAACAAGGUGAAGCUGGCCUUCUCGCAGGACCGGGCCCUGCCGGGCUCAGAGCUCCAGCUGCGGGUGCAGGCUGCCCCCGGGUCCCUGUGCGCCGUCCGCGCCGUGGAUCAGAGCGUGCUGCUCAUGAAGCCCGAGGCCGAGCUCAGUGUCGACACGGUCUAUAAACUGCUCCCCGAUUUUCCCCAAGGAGACUAUCCCAAUGAAGUGCGAGAGCCUGAGUCAUGUUAUCAUGGGUACCCAGGUAGCUCCGGUGCGGUUCUUAACUGCCGCGUUGGCAGAUGGAGGUGUCGCAGAGGGACUAGCAGCCAGACUCCCGCACUGCCUAAUGCCUACAGCCUGUUUAAGGAUGUGGCUUUGAAAAUUCUCACCAACACCAACACCAAGGAGCCCUGUGAACAUAAACGCUUUUUAAUACAUCAUGAUAUCCUAGCCUCAGCUGUCGGGCACGGCCCCGCAUUGUCCUCACCAGCAAGUGUGGCUAGUGCAGCAGGGAGCCCAGUGAGCAAUACCCAGCCCGUGCCAGAACGCUGCACCCAGGAGGAGCCAGCGCCACAUGCGUACUUCACAGAGACGUGGCUGUGGGACCUGGUGCCUGUGGGCGAGGGGGGCUCCAAGGACGUCCCAGUCUCGGUGCCCGACACCAUCACGGAGUGGAAAGCUGGGAUGUUCUGCACGGCGGAGGUCGGCUUUGGGCUCUCGCCCACGGCCACCUUCACGGCCUUCAAACCCUUCUUUGUGGAGGUGGCCUUGCCGUACUCUGUGAUCCGGGGAGAGACCUUCACCCUAAAGGCCACCGUCUUCAACUACCUGCGGCAGUGCAUCAAGGUGCGAGUGACGCUGGCGGAGUCUGCGCAGUUCCAGGUGCAGGCAGGUGAGGACGGCGCCUACACCAGCUGCCUCUGUGCAGACGAAGGGAAAACCUUCCAGUGGGAGGUGACGGUGAGCAGCCUGGGGGAGGUGAACUUCACCGUCAGCACCGAGGCUCUGCGCACCGAGGAGCUGUGCGGCAACGAGCUGGCUGUGGUGCCGGCUCAGGGGCGAGUGAACACCGUGAUAAAUACCCUGCUGGUCCAGCCGGGGGGGAUCCUGGAGGAGAAGGCGCACAGCUCCCUGCUCUGCCAGGAAGACUCCGAAGAAAUCUCCUUGCAGCUGCCAGCGAAUGUCCUGGCGGGGUCCGAGCAGGCCCACGUGACUGUCCACGGAGACAUAAUGGGCACAGCUCUGCAGAACAUAGACCACCUGCUGGCCAUGCCCUACGGAUCCGGAGAGGAGAACAUGGUCCGGUUCGCUCACAACAUCAACACCCAGCAGUACCUGGAGAAGAGCGGGCAGCUGAGCCCGGAGAUCAGAGACAAGGCCCAGGGAUUCCUCCGGAGAGGCUAUCAGCGCGAGCUGCUCUAUAAGCACAAUGACGGCUCUUACAGCGCCUCUAGGAAGAGAGACGCCACGGGCAACACCUGGCUGACGGCCUUCGUUCUCAAGUCCUUUGGCCAGGCCAGACCCUACAUCUCCAUCGACGAGAAGCACCUAGAGGAUGCCCUAAGGUGGCUACAGCGCCGCCAGCGGAAGACCGGCUGCUUCCGCAGUGUGGGGAAGCUGUUGAACAACGCCCUGCAGGGCGGCGUGGUGGACGAGCUCUCUCUCUCGGCUUACAUCACAGCAGCGCUGCUGGAGCUGGGGCAGCCGCUCACGGACCCCAUGGUGACCAGGGCCCUCCAGUGCCUCCGGGAGUCGAGCACCAGCGACCUCUACACGCAGGCGCUGCUGGCCUAUGCCUUCGGGCUGGCGGGGAGCACUGAGCUGCGGGACGCCCUUCUGCAGCGCCUGGCCCAGCACAGCGUCAGCGCCGGGGGACAGCUCUACUGGCAGAGGAAGGUGAAGGCCCUGCCCAGCCCCUAUGGGAACCAUGCCCCGUCGGUGGAGAUGACGGCUUACGUGCUCCUGGCCUAUCUCUCCCUGCCCAACGUGUCUGCUGCCGACAUGGGGACCGCUGUCCAGAUCAUCCGCUGGCUCAGCAAGCAGCAUUACCCCUACGGGGGCUUUGCCUACACGCAGGACAUGAUGGUGGCCCUGCAGGCCCUGGCCAAAUACGCAGCCCUGACGCACAGCGCGAGCGGGGCUGCGUCGGUGACGGUGAGCUCCCAGGCCGGGGCCCGGCAGCAAUUCCACGUGGAGAACGCCAACCGGCUGGUGCUGCAACGAGCGGCCUUGCAGGAGAUCCCCGGGCAGUACACGGUGCGGGCCAGCGGCAAGGGCUGUGUCUUUGUGCAGCUGACUCUGCGCUACAACGUGCCGCCCCCAAAGAGCGCCGCGACCUUUGACCUGCGGGUGGAGACGGAGCCGAAGGAGUGCACCGAGAGCGCCAGAUCCCGCUUCAGCCUCGUGCUGCACGCCCGAUACAGCGGGGAGCGCCCAGCCACCAACAUGGCCAUCAUCGAGGUCAAGCUGCCGUCCGGCUACAUCCCCGUCAAGAGCUCCCUGCGGCAGCUGGAGAAGCAGCGUUUGGUGAAGUGGCUGGAGGUGCAGAAUGACCAGGUGACGCUCUAUCUGGACCAGCUGACGAAGGAGGCAGCAAGUUUCACCUUCUCCCUGGAGCAGGAUUUCCCUGUGAAGAAUCUCAGAGCAGCCCCAGUGAGACUGUACGAUUACUACGAGACGGGUGAACACACAGAGGCUGAGUACAGCGCCCCCUGCGGCUCAGCCCCUGACACCAACACAAUGGGAAAUUCCCAAUGAGGCCCCCACCCCUGCUGGGCAGCCCCCUCCCCUCCGUCCCGAGAGCCCCGCGCCGGCAGCCGACACCCCAGGAUCGGGGGGGCACGGACAGGCCUCGUCUCAGCUGCUGCUCUUCCCCGAACCAGCUGCACUAUCCCCCUUAGCACCUUCUUCAGCCAACGCCUCCCCAUUCGCUCUGCAAACAUCCCACCUGCUCUCCCAUCUCUCAGCCUCCAGACCGGCCCGCGUGAUCCCAGCUGUCUGUCACAUGCGGGGACCAGUGGCUGCAGUGGGGACCCCUGGGGUUUGCUGCCCAUCCUGCCUGGAGAGGCAGGUUCAGUGUAAAACAAAAUAAUAAACCUGCCAUGUCUUUGUGA